AUGAGUAAUUUAUCUAGUUCAAAUAAUAGGAAGAAGUUGUUAUUGAUGGGGAGAUCAGGAUCCGGUAAAUCAUCUAUGAGAUCUAUCAUAUUCAGUAAUUAUAGUGCAUUCGAUACCCGUAGAUUAGGGGCCACUAUUGAUGUAGAACAUUCACACCUUAGAUUCCUGGGUAACAUGACUCUAAAUUUAUGGGAUUGUGGGGGUCAAGAUGUCUUUAUGGAAAACUAUUUCACAAAACAGAAAGAUCAUAUAUUUCAAAUGGUUCAAGUGCUUAUUCAUGUCUUCGAUGUUGAAUCACAAGAAGUUAUGAAAGAUAUCGAAAUCUUCAUGAGAUCUUUGAAACAAUUGAAAAAAUAUUCACCCAACUCGAAGAUCUUCGUCCUAUUACAUAAGAUGGACUUAGUACAAUUGGACAAAAGAAACGAAUUAUUUGAAAUUAUGAUGAAUAAGUUGACGGAAACUGCCAAACAGUAUGGGUUCCCCAAUAUUGUCGGUUUUGCCACCUCUAUUUGGGAUGAAAGUUUGUAUAAAGCUUGGUCGCAAAUCGUCUGUUCUUUAAUACCAAAUAUGUCGAUAUAUCAAUCGAAUUUGAUUAAAUUUAAAAAUCUCUUGGACGCAUACGAAAUUAUUCUUUUUGAAAAGACGACUUUCCUAGUGAUUUGUUCCAGUAAUAACAAAACCGGUGGUGAUAACGGUGAUAAUGAUAAUCAGUCAAAUGUUAAAGAACUCGGUUCAAUAAAGAUUGAUCCAAAAAGGUUUGAGAAGAUUUCAAAUAUAAUGAAGAAUUAUAAACAAAGUUGUACAAAAUUGAAAAGUGGGUUUAAGACAUUAAUAUUAAAUGAUUCUAUCUAUGUAAGUGAAAUCUCUUCAAAUAUGGUUUGUUUCAUUGUAUUAAAUAAUUCAAAACAACCACGACAACUGAUAUUAGAAAAUAUUAAAAAGGCAAAAGAAUUCUUUCAAUAG